AAACACGUGAAGAUAAAAGAAUGCUAGCUAGGUUUAAUAUAAAUAGAAAUAAGAAGCAGUUAAUGGUUGUGAAGAGAGGCAAGCAACCAAAUCUCAGAGAGAUAGAGGAAGGAGAAAAGAAAAGAGACUCUUGUUAAUUAGAUACAAGAGAUCAGCGAACAUGAGAAGAUCUCCUUGUAGUGAUGACUCUGGUCUCAAGAAAGGUCCUUGGACUCCUGAAGAAGAUGAGAAACUUGUCAACUAUAUCCAAAAACAUGGCCAUAGUAGCUGGACAGCUCUUCCCAAGCGUGCUGGUCUUAACAGGUGUGGGAAGAGUUGCAGACUAAGAUGGACAAACUACUUGAGACCUGACAUCAAGCGAGGGAGAUUCUCUCCAGAGGAGGAACAGACUAUCUUGAACCUUCAUGCAGUUGUUGGAAACAAGUGGUCAACGAUUGCAAACAACUUACCGGGGAGAACAGACAACGAGAUCAAGAAUUUCUGGAACACCCAUUUGAAGAAAAAACUGAUUCAGAUGGGAGUUGACCCAAUGACUCAUCGUCCAAGACCUGAUAUCUUCUCCAGCCUAUCUCAGCUUGUGUCUAUGUCCUCUAACCUUAGAGGUUUUGUUGAUAUGCAGCUACAGUUUCAAACUGAUCAAGAGCAAACUAUACUGAAACUCCAAACCGAGAUGGCAAAACUCAAAUUGUUACAUGACCUCCUUCAACCAUCUUCCAUGAAUAAUAACAUUAACCCUAAUGACUUUGACACUCUCAGUCUCCUAAACCCUACUGCCACCAGCAGUAAUCUCGAUCUCGGUUCCUAUCUUCAGGACUUCAACAGCAUACCAUCCCUCGAAACCUUAAACUCCAACAUGGGAACAUCAUCAGUUUUGCCCCAAAAUCCUGAGGACAAUCACUUCAGUUUCUUCACUCAAAAAGAGAACCGAAAUGUAUGGCUCUCGGAUCCAUCCAGCUCAAAUCAGAGUUUGGUACCUUCUCUUGAUCCUUCAUCUGUUGUGAGUGGUGAUCUGAUUAGAAACCAAUACAUUAUUGAAGAUGUCAAUAGCAAUCUCAUGACCUCUUCAAGCGGUCAAGAAUCAGGAGCUUCAGCUUCACCUGUGUGGCCUGAUCAUCUACUUGAUGAUUCCAUAUUUUCCAACAUUCUUUAGCCUUCUUUGUCUUUUUCAGGUAUGUUUUGGAGGAACUCAAAAAUCA